UGUACACCGAAAUAAAUUGGCCAUCAAUCAAAGCGUGUGCUAUUGACGUAGAAAAGCAUAAAUAUUUCUCCGUACAGUAAUAGGAAACCCGUGGAAAUGAAACUGAGGGAGUUUCAUAGAAUCAUGGUGAAGCCAUUCUAGCAUUUGGUAUCCGUAAAGACUUAGUUAGACGUCAAGCAGAGUUUAUCUUUUGAUCUGAUGGGAUGUUGAUACAAAGAACAGCAAUGACAUCUUUGUCGAGCCUCGGCGCCUAACUUGGUUGCUACCCUGUCUUGGCUAGUUCCUACAUGGUCAUGUCCUCUCGCGGUGCUCACGGUACAGACUGUUUCCAAGUCGAAUCGUUCCUACACAGAGAUGAGAUCUCGAAGUUGUUCAAAGUUCGGGACAAGCGAGAUGGAACUUUCUACUGUAUGGAAGUGGCCACACGUAGACCGGAACAUGCGGGGUCUGUCAACACUUUCGUCCAGGAAACUAAACAGAGCAAUUCACAGUUUCUUCUUGGUCUCAAGUACUCCUUCCAAACUUCUUCAAAAUUAUACUACAUCUUACAAUAUGUCGGUGAUUCUACUUUAGAAUCGUUGUGGGAGAAAGAGGGGCCUUUUGGCGAAGAAAGAGUCCGGUUUUACGCAUGUGAAAUAUUGGUGGCGUUAGAAGAACUUCAUGAUAACGGCCUGAAGUACGGUAAACUAGAUUUAGGGAGACUGCUAAUUGAUUCUACUGGUCACGUUAUUGUAUCAAGGCGAUUUUGCGGUGAGAAAUACUGGACGCGUGAUGAAUGCGUGUGCAAUUUGCCGGGAUUCCGCCGUGGUUAUCCGUGUGAAAAUUCCCACGAUAGAUUCACUGAGCGAGAAAUCCGAGCAGACUUUCAGCACCUAGGCUCCGUUCUACUACAACUCUACACCAAAGAGAAUUUAUCUCAUAUCCUUCCCAUGGCGAGCGUUCCAGAUGAUCGGUUCACUCAGCUUGUUGCGCGAUCCUAUUACCUACCCCAUUCCCUCUCGGCCAUUGCGAGAGACUUGGUUACCAGGCUGUUGAAGGGCCAGUUUUACACCGUUGACCAAGUAAAGAAUCACCCUUUUUUUCGGGGCGUCAGAUGGCACGAGGUCAAAUCUCGAAGACUAUACCCACCUCCGGAAUUUAGAAAAACAAGUGUACUACAAAACACAUAUACCCCCACAGCAUCUGCACGAUCGUACGGCACAGCCCCACAGGGCUACCAUGAGCACGUCAGACCACAGGGCUACCAUGAGCACGUCAGACCACAGGGGUGCCAAGAGCACGUGAGACCACAGGGGUACCAAGAGCACGUGAGACCACAGGGGUACCAAGAGCACGUCAGACCGCACCCGGUACACAGUACGUCAUCAACCCCCGACCUCAGCAUCUGCGCCCGCGAUGACUAUUCGCACAGUAGACCGCACUCCUUCCCAGACUACCCCCCUGCGUCAGGCUGGAGCUACCAGCCCUCCCUCCCUAAGAAGCAUUCACAAUCGCAUUCCUUGACUGACUUGAGGUGCAUAGACGAUGAUUGCAACUCUGGAUGUCGAGGAUUUGGUCGAUCAAGAACGCUUCCCCUGUCGGAGCUUCCGCCGCAUGACCAAAUGAACGACCUCCAUAGACGCCCUAGUGACUCUUCUGAUUACAACUUCCGGUAUCACCCACAGGAUUCCCGAGCGGAAGUGGGCCACGGGUUAUUGCGUGACAGGCAUCACAGAAUAGAUGCGCGAUGUGUUUACGACCGAAGUCCGGAAUACGUGGACAAUCACGAGUUCCGAGAUUAUAACCAACCGAGACUCGAGGCCAGUUCGGUAACUAGUCGGCCAGCUCGCAUGUUACUCGGGAAUCGCUCGAUUAGCUUCCACACUGAUCACCAUAUGCACAGACGCGAAGACAGUCAGCGGUAUUUUAUGGAAAUCCCACCAUCUUUACAUCGGGCACGAUCGUGUUCCGAGCUUGACCGAGUCGAGCCUGAGCCGAUUGCCUAUCGAACCAACGAAAUAAUAUCGACUGAUAUUAACAGAAGGAGCUCGUACGCUGACCAGUUGCAGAGCCCGCGAUUCCAGAGGAAAGAGCGACCACUUGCUCAUGUUCCUAUCCCGAGUUUCGAGGAAUUCAAGCGUAGAAAAUCCGAGGUCCAGAAUACAAAUGAGCUAUCGGCUCAAAACACGGAACAAGCGCGAAAAUACUCAAAUGUGCCGACCAUGGCCCCACGGACAGAAAACCACAAAUAUGGUGACAGGAUGACGUCAUCAGUGUCGUCAUCAGAUGAAGGGCGCAGAUACGUCGCUAAGAGUGACGUCAUCCACAAUCUGCUGCUGAAGUACGGCUUGUAUGAUCGAAAAGAAAAUGGGAAGGAAAUAACAUCUAAAUGGGCGCUUAACAACGAUACAGGCGCAAGCGAAGAGAAGAAGGGGAGAAUACGGCGGUCCGGGUACCCCUCCAUAUCACGUGACACGAGAGAUAUAGGCGGUGUACCUAGUGAGGGGGUUAUAGGAAGUGCGAGGAGUCCUAGGGCACCGGCAAUAAGGAUACGCAUUAAUAGUCCGCCUCUUGCGUACAAGGAAUUGAUCGCAAUACCCCAUACGAACAACAGUAAUCAAACCAAGAACGCUAGUCAUUCAAGCAAACUCUCUAAUUCAAGUAAAGACAGUAGUAAAACAACAAACAACGCGAUUCAUUCAAACGAACUCGCUCAUUCAAGUAAAGACAGUAGUAAUACAAGAAAGAACGCGAGGAACGCAAACGAGUUCCUCGAGUCGAGUAAUGACAGUAUUAAUUCACAAAAGUGCACGGGCGACAGAAGCGAUAAAAAAGAAAAGAAUGACGUGACAGGUGAACCCUCACCAGGCCCCUCAACACGCCUACCUUUAUCACACGUGACCGAUUAUAAUAAUAACAAAGUGAGCGAGAAAAAAUGCAGCAUUUCUCAGAAUACAAACACAGUAGAACGGGAACAGGACGCCGAAGUGAUGUCUGCAUUUGAGAACUCUCCCAGUCCCGAUGGCAAAGUCGACGAGACUAGAAUCAGCGUAUCAGAGCCGGGUAGUCCUUAUCCGCAAAGAAACGCUAAGUUGUCAGCGGUAAGUGACUUCUACAGGCCUGUGACACCUAUAAAGCGGUCGCCUUCUACAAGCUCGGUGAAUAGCGAAGGUGAAUGUAAAAGCAGUGAGACCGAGCGUAAGAGCUCGGGGUUCAACGUCGCUUCCAAAGCGCUUUGGAGUGCGGCAAAGUUCAAACUGCGCCUUGGUAGAUCGCCAACGAAUUCUCCAAAACUCUCGCUCAAGUCUAAGGAAGAGGGCGUGACAACAACGAAUGACAUCGCAUUUGAUGGUGAUAGCCUGCGUAAUAACGAGACCUUCCACCAAAAUGGCGAGAAUGUUAGGCCUCGAAUAGGUAAAAAAGCUUCAUGGGUGAGCAUGCAGUCUCACCUGUCAGCGGAUGAUGCUACCAAAGUACGACGGCCAUCCGCUGACUCGAAUGUAUCGCAUGGUCAGCUGCGUAAGACAGGGGUUCACACAAGCCUUCUCAGCAUUGCUAGCAGCGUCUACUCCACCGACACUGAACACGACGACUCUGCGUACGGGCUAAGUGACGGGGACGCUGUGGACGCAGCGACUCCGCGUAACAAGAGGCGCUGGGACAGUUUCCAUAGUAAUGUCAGUGCUGAUAGUGGCUCCGCCCACAUGUUCGAUUUCGAUACGGAUUCUGUGAUAACAGAGUACGACGAGGAAGCUGUCUUUGAAGAUGCCAAGUCGACAGACGAUACUCAGGCAAGGCCUGACGUUGAAAUAGAGCGCACGGACAGUGGUGUAGGCGGAGACCUGGGACCUGACCCUCGGCCCAAGCCCCAGAGCUGGGAGGACAUUGUGGAGAAAAGUUCCAAGCGCUGGAGCGUGGUUGCAGUGAGCGCCAAACACUGGCAGGAAGUGGCCAGGAAGAAGAAGAAGGAAAAGGAGCAGAAUAAGAAGCACAAGAAUGUAGCAUCCGUCAUCACAGAAAAUAUGGUUGAGUGUCCGAAUUGUUUGAAGCUCUUUGUCCCUAACAAUCAUGUUGUCACGGCAAAAGAACGCGCUACGUCAGUUCAUAUCUGCCCCAAGUGCAUAGAGAGAAGGACGGAGAGAAAAGAAGCCAUCAUUGAACUGGUCCAGACUGAAAUCAACUAUGGAAACGAUCUGCAAAUAUUGAAAGAGGAGUUCUAUAGCCCGAUGCAGUCGGGAGGUAUCCUUAUACCAGAGCAUCUCGCCGCCAUCUUUCUCAACCUUCAGGAGCUGGUCGAGGUCAAUAGCAAGUUUUCCUCGCGUUUGCAGCAUAGUUUAGAGGAGUCCGUCGCGAAGGGUGACGCGGAGUUCUGUCAAGUGAAUAUCGGAAGCGUGUUUCUAGAGAACGUUGACUUCUUUCAGUCAUACAAGAUUUAUUGCUCCAAGCAGAACGCUGCGUCUGCGCUACUAGAAUCGCUGCAGAAGAAAAACGAACUACUGAAGAUCUUCCUCAAUGUGACAUGUCGGGAGAAUCCCAAGUGCCGAAAGAUGGACCUCACUUCAUUUCUUCUUGCUCCAGUGCAGAGGAUAAUGAAAUACCCGCUGCUUCUCAGCAGAAUACGUAAGUCGACUCCGCGAGGUAAUGCUGACCGCGAGAAGCUGAUGGUCGCCCAGCGACGGAUAGAAGAUCAGCUCAACAGGAUCAACUCGUUGAACUCUGCUGUGGAAUCCAAGCGGCGGUACAGGGGCAGCGGCCACCUGGGCAGGUCCGACUCGCUGGACAAACUACAGAUGAAGAAAAUGGCAAGUGACAUCUUACACUGGAGUAUGACCGAGAUGCAGCUACUGAUGCACGGGGUCUUCGAGGUUACUAUACAAGAGUUCGCCUCCUCGGCUGCUUGGAGCAAGCGUAAUUCUCGUAGCAAGUCGCUGGACGUGUUCAUGCUCUUCUGCAUUCGGGGGAACGUGGAGCACGUGACCAUUGACUCGGAUGAUGAAGGCCUAUGCGAGGAUCCAUUGUUUCCUUGUGAGACCGAGGCGACGGACGCUGCGCUGGUUAUGCUAAGGAAGAAAAUCAAUGGAAAAUACACACUUUACAGGGAACCACUGUUUCUUGAUACUUGUGUUGUUAUCAACAAUGACGAGCGUAAGGAUUCAUUUGAGCUGCUCAAGAUGGGACUCGAGACAUAUAUCUUCAGGGCGUCGACAAGUCGAGAAAACAGACGAUGGCUAAAGUACUUGCGGAUCCAGGCGAAAGACCUCGGGUCAUGGAGGCGGCGGAGGAAUGGUCUUCCUAACAUCAUGAUCAAGACGAUCUAAAUCAAAUCCAUCUAGAAUAUGAUUUAGGUCAUGGUGGGGGAAAGCGUAGACAUGAAUAAUGUCUGGUGUUUACGAUUUUUCAAUAACAAAUGGCGUUUUUAGGGGGAGAGGGCACGUCCCUUCUGCGCCAAUCUCCUCUAGUUACCAGGUCUAGUUACCAGGGCCGCUUGGGCUCUCGGCCCUGCCCAUCAUUCAAAGUAACAGCGUGGUGCCUGUGGUUCUUUUGCAGACUCUAUGUUAAUAAAAAAGUGAAAAAGAAAAAGAAAAACAUGGUGCAAAUGUCGACGUGCGGGGAUAGGGUUAAUACAAAUGCCGAAUUUUUUAUAUAAAUCUGUUUAUAUGGUAUAACAAUGAAUAUUUUAAGAGUGCAAUGCAUCAUGGUUAAGAUAGGCCCUUGAUAAAUCAAGGUCUUCACCUCAAUGAAAACAUUAUGGUUUUUUGUAACAUCAACUUAUUUGAAGACUGCGGGCAGUCUAUAAAUAGAAAUACUAAAAUAUAUUUCUGGAGUUGUUAAAUAUACUUACAUUAUUUAAAAGUAAUCGUAAAUUCUUAGGUGAAGACUGAUUGUGAUACCAUGCUUCCUUGUUAAAACCUCAAAUAAAUUUGCAUCGGAAAAACAA